AUGGAGAUCGUGCAGCGACUGCUCGCCGCGUGGCCUGCAGGUGCACAAGAGAGAGAUUAUCGCGGGCAGGUGCCGCUGCACCGCGCCUGCUUGAACGGCAGCGUGCCGGUCGCGCAGGUUCUGCUGGAGAAGUGGCCGGAAGGGUUGAAGCUUGUGGAUCUGAACGACAUGACGGUUUUUCACUAUGCAGCCCAGUCCGGCAGCGUGGAGCUGGUUCAACUCCUCCUGCAGGAGUGGCCGGAAGGGCUGAAGCUUGUGGAUCUGAACGACGAGACGGUUUUUCACUGUGCAGCCCGGUCCGGCAGCGUGGAGCUGGUUCGACUCCUCCUGCAGGAGUGGCCGGCAGGGCUGAAGCUUCUUACUACUUACCGCUGGACAGUUUUUCAAUUUGCUGAUAGCGUUGAGGUGUUGCGGCUCCUCCUGCAGGAGUGGCCUGAUGGGUGGAAGGCCCAAGGACUCGACUGCAGGCUCAUGGUGGAAAUGGCCUGCAACGGUUCGAAAGUGGAGAUUCAGUCCUUCAACGAGGCUGCAGCAGACCUGAAGUGCUUCAAUGCAGUUAGGCUUUCGAAGUGGCACCUGGAGCUUUGGCUGGACAAUUGCGAUGGCAAGGCCAUCUGGCGAGACGUGCAUGGCGCACUUGCAGACCGGUUGAAGGACCAGGAAGCAAAGGACUAUUUGAGAUCCCGCGCCAGGGUCGGGGACCUGAUUGUGGAGACCUUGGCAGACGGGCGCACAUGGGCGGCUCUAAUCGGCGCAACAAGUGCGGCCUUGCUGGUCGUAGGCCUCGAGCGAUGUAAGGGGCAGGUGGGAGCGUCGCCGGAGAAUCUCGAGUUCUUGGACGGCGCCAAGCUGGCCGUGGGCAAAGCCUUCGCUCAGUGCUUGUGGCUGCUGAGGCUCUUUCGCUGGCUUGAGAUACUGGCCGCAGUUUGUUUUCUCGGGAUGGCGCUUUUGUUCAUGAACUGGGCAUGGUGGAUGCCUCUGUCGGUGCUCUCCUACGUUUUGCCAGCAGUCGGGAUCCAUGGAGUUCGGAAGCUCAUUCGAACCCCGGCGCUGGCCAUCAUGACAAAGGGCACCUCCGCACAGGUGGCUGCCUUCAUUCGUGCUGUGGUCUUACUCGGGAUCUUACUCGGGAUCGUCAUCGUCAUCCUUUUCAGCUCAAAUACACGGCAGAGUCCUCUUCUGAAUCCCCUAUUCGAAGAAUGGGGCGGGGCGAAAGGCAGUCAGUGGGGAGAAAGUCGGCUGUCUGAUCACUGGCUUUUCCGGUGGGUCCCUGAAGACGUCACAGCAAUGGGAAUCUUUGGAGUUUGUUUGCUCUUCUUCCUGGGCUCACUUUGCUUCUACCUGGUAUGGCUGCUGUGCUGUAUCCUUCCUGACUGCUGCCUGUGGCCGUGCUGGCGCACGCCUCCGCAGCACGAGCAGACAAGCAUCAAGCAGCAGGUGGUGCGAGACGUGCUCCAAACCUGCUGUCGCGAAGACUUGCAAUACGUGCAUGACGCGCCCAGGAAAAUCGCGGCCAUUAAGAAAGUCGACUGGCCCUGGCAGGGCGGCGGGCUGUGGACGCAUGUGGCCCUUAUGAUGCUGGAUGUCGGCCUUGACAUCAACACCGUCUUCACCUUCCUUUCUGGACAACAUUAUUGGUUCGCAGCGGUCAUGACCUUUCUGGUGGUCCGGAGCACCCUGAAGCAGCUGUCCAUCCUCAGCCCAUGGCAUCUGUCCAAGGCAGUCCAAAGAAGCGUGGACCGGGGCCUCCUGCGGAAGGACCUCCUGGACUUUCUCGAAGAAGAAAAACGCUCGGAGUCCUUCUUCUGUGCCUGCGUUACUGCGUAUUCUAUGUUCUUUGCAGCCCAGACGGCAAUCCAGCUACUCGUGCAGUUUGGCAGCCUCCUUCUCGGCACGAUCCUGUUCUCAGGCUAUGCCGUGCAGCUAUGUGACCUGGACCUCGAAGAAAUCACACCUCCUGAGUUCUGCCAGGAGCGCAGCAAUGCGGGCCAGAAUGCCGAGGUUGCAGAGAAGGGCCCAGAUGCUCACGAAGCCCCUCGUGAGGAGGCCGCGACGAAGGAGCUUGUCGUGGCAGUGAACGUCGUACCGUCCCUUGUCAAGAGGCCACUGGUUCCUGCACCUCCCGGAGAUCCAUGCGAGUACCAGAGUCCGGAAGCCACGGAAGCCAUGGAACACGUUCAAUCUAUCUAG